AUGACAAAAAUUACCCUCAAGGAGCCAAGCGUCGAGUGUGUAAAGUCGGUUGGAUCAAUUCAGGAAGACUAUGCCAAUUUCAAGUGCAAAACCGCGCUCAAGAGGGUCUUUGACCCAAUCAGCGAACUCUACUGGACCUACUACGAAAAUGUGACGUUUAAACAGAGCCCAAAGGAGGAGUUUACAGUCGUACUCUUGCAUGGGAUAUGCGGUACCGCCGGGUCCUCCUUUUACAUUUUUGAACGGCUCUCGGAAAUGUGUAGUGGACCAUGUAGAUGUACUGGUGGUGAUUCUACUGGCAUAACUGCCAGAAGGGAAAUCACCUUUUCCACUAUCAGAGGCUUUAUUGCCUAUGUCCAUGAAAUAAAGGGUGGAGGAACAUUUACUCUCAAGGGAACUUUAGAUGGUGGUGACAAACUAGGUGAUAAUGGAGACAUCACAGAUGUUACCAGUGUCUCUGUUUACUACUGGGACGAAGAUGAUGAAGAAAACCCCAAACCUCUUAUCCUAGAAGUGGAAAUUGGUGGAAAUGAAAAGAAGUACUACAUUAAGUACGAAAGUAAUGAACAAGAAGUACAUGACAAGGAUGCAAAAAUUUGGGUACACCAUGGAAGUUCUUCAACAUCACUACAAGAUAUGCUAGAUGACCGCAAUUGUGCUAUAAAUAAACGUGUUCCAUUAGAUAUUAAAACUCCAGAGAAGACUUUUAACUUUAGUUCUGGUCGUUCAAAAGGCAAAGGUAUAGAACUGGCUGGUUCUAAAACACUACUGGGGAGUGAUUACAUGGUUACAUCCUACAGAGCCUCAGGUGGUACCAGUUUUGAGUUGAAACUGUCUAGAGUUGAUUAUGAGAAUAAAAAGAUUACUGAAAUAAAGGACUUUCACAAUGCGCUUGAUGGAGUAAGACUCUACUCGUCUCCAGUAAAUGGUAGUUCGCCACCAGUCGUACUCGAAUUGGCUACAAUUCAUGGUGGAAACUCUACCCUUUAUGCGAGUAAAGGUGGUAAUAGUUGGGUACAGGUUUAUGGAGAUUCAAAGACUUUUUAUACUGGGGAGAAAGAUUUCUCUACAAAGAUACCUACGGAAGCGUUAACAAAUAAACUAGACGAAGUGAUCUGUACCUAUCACAAUGCAGCCACUGUGGAUAUAUCAUAUAGUAAUUCCCAGACUCAUACUGGUAAUGGAAACUAUUGUUGUAAUGGUAGUCAUGGUCCUAAGAGGAUCUCUGUUAUCAAAGGGGAUGUCACAGUAGAAAGCCUUGGUAAGACUACUUCAUACUAUAAACACUCCAUUGAAAGUGGAAAAUUGGCAGACAUUAAAUUCUACCUCAACGGUGAUCAGAGUAGAAGAAGACGUGUAAGGUCAUCCAACCUAAGGUUACCUAUUACUGGUCCAGUAGAUGUCUAUGCUUUCUACUGCGGUUAUGAUCCCAUACUUGUCUAUGUUGAUGAUUCUAAAAGUACUAAGGCUAAAACAGGGGGAUGGUUUAGGAGAAGCCGAACUGGGAAUUACGACAAAAAAUGGGCAAAAUUCCCCAUGCCCAGAAACAUAAAACCUGAAACCAUUAAUAAUUGCAAAAACUGGAAUACAUUUGUAGCAGUGCUAGAAAAACUUAAAUGUGAAAACUUCCAAAGAUGUCCCCCUGAACCUUUACCAUUACGUUCUGAAGAUGGUAUUGGAGCAACAGAAAUUCAAGAUGAGGAACAAAUUGCCUUGGGAGAAUCUGAUACUGAAGACUCAUCUCAACAAGCUACUGAUCCUGGUGGCGGUAGAGGAGAAUUUUCUGGACCUAAUGCUCCUCCUGGUAAAGGUUCUAGUAAUGUUGGUAAAGGUGAUGAUGAUACCGCUCUUGACCCUGCUGGAAAAAUUGGUGAAAAGGGUGAUAGUGGAGCUGGAAUAGAACUUCUCAAAACAUUGACAAAGCUUGGACUAAAUGUAGCUAGUGAACUUGGACCCGUUGUCAUAGGUACAGCUGGACUAGCUGAAAAGGUUGCUGAUAAACUCUUAUCCAAUGUUCUAUCUCCUGCUCUUAACCAUUCUACUUCUGCCAUUCGUACUCCUGAACCUACUACUACUGGUUCUCAUAAUUUAGUCCCCCAAUCUGCCACAAGUGAUGGAGUAAGGAUAUAUACAGUAAAAACGGAUGAUGGUAAUACUGCACUAGCUAUGGAAAGUUCUAAAGGAAUUGUUCGUCUUCUAGGUGCUAGUAAUGGAGGUACUGGUACUCCAAGUAGAACUUAUUAUGAUCAUUCUGGACCUGCUGGUAUUGCUAAAGGCAGUGAUGAAAAGGGAGCUACUCCUCCUAAAGGUGAAGAUGAAUCUACUCGAUCUAAAGAUGUCGCAGGAUCCCCUGAAGUUACUCCUACUGCUGGAGUUCCUUCUCAAUCUGAACCUAAACCUGAAGUUGCUAAAGCUGCUGCUAGACUUGAAACACCAGUCCCUUCUCUAGGCUCUAAAACUUCUGUAACUGACAAUCAUCCUCAGGAUAUAAAUACCCCCUUAAUUACUGUCUCUUCUGUUCUUGCUACUUCUGCCGGAUCUGCUGCAACAUUUUUUGGAGGAUGGAAACUUUAUAACCGCUAUAAGGGAGAUCCUUGGGGAUUCAGGUGCAUUUCAGCUCAAUAUCCAGAGUACAUAACUCCAUUCGAGUGGAACGCAGGAUUCUUACACUUUCUGGAGUAUCUCAAGAUCACAAAACCAGUUGUAUUUGCAAGUGAUUUGGGAGGAUUUCUCUUGCAGUUGUUCGCGGAAAAGUAUCCGGACGCUAUACAUGGGAUGAUACUCUGCAAUUCAUACACGAGAUACAUUGAGGAUGCUAUAAUGUCUAAAGGUAGACUGCAUUAUAAAAUGUAA